CGCUUGCCGUUCUCAUCGCAAGACAACAGCGAGCGGAGGACAAUGUCGAAAAAGGGAGGCGUAGCGACGGCUGCGCAGCUCGUCAAGCUGCUCGUGCCAGCGGGCAAGGCGAGUGCACAGCCGCCCGUGGGCCCCGCGCUGGGAGCAAAGGGUGUCAAGGCGAUGGACUUUGCCAAGGAAUUCAACGCUCGGACGGCGCACCUCGAGCCGGGCUUGCCAACACCCACGCUCGUCACAGUCAAUCCAGACAGGACGUUUACAUUUGAGACGCGCACACCGCCGACGUCGUUGCUGCUCAAGAGGGCCGCCGGCAUCACGGCUGGGUCGGGCCGCGCAGGCUCAGAGAUGGUGGGCGACGUGAGCGUCAAGCACAUCUACGAGAUUGCAAAGAUCAAGAUGGCAGACGUCAAGGGCGUCGGCGAAGAGCAGAUGUGCAAGGUCAUCAUGGGCAGCGCAAAGAGCAUGGGCCUGAGAGUCGUGCGAUGACGAGCAACCAGAGACAAAAACUGUAUCAGUACACAAGCAUGAUGAUGUUAUUACAGGGAUUGACUGAGAAUUUG